UGGUUCAAGGUUCCAGAAGCCUUUAUGGAGGUGACUGUGCGUUCAAGUGAUGUGCAGCACACACACUUGGGUCGCCGACAGAAAACAUCAUACAAGAACAGUGUUCAGGGGAAUGAUUGGAUCGCGGCCUCCUUAGGCCGACCUCAUUACCACCCUUCCGAGCUGCUCUCCCGCCUGGAUCGUGGAGAAGAGGCCUGGGUCCCACAACUCCAGAGCUCUGAUGAAAGUGCAGAUGAAGGCCCAAUUAAGCCAACACUGAAGCAGUUACCGAAGGGAGGCACCUGGUGGGCUCGAUAUCGGAGUCCUGUGACAUACCCCAGUUCAGAGUCUGCAAACUCAGAUAAUGAUCAAGAAAGUGAAGAAGAGAAGCUGCAUCGUGGAAGUUAUCCUCAUCGUGGAAGUUAUCCUCAUCGUGGAGGCUUUCAACCGACGAUCCUUCGCCGAAACUUAUUUAAUAAUUCCAAGGGGAGUGGAUCGCAGAGUCUGAAGCCUAAAGAAGCCUAUAAACAUGGGUCCCAGUUGAAGAAGUCUUCACAAAGUCAUCUGGGAAAGACAAAGGCAGAAACGGGCAAUGCCAAUGAGAGCUCAACCAAAGAAAGAGCUGCAGGAAGGGACCAGCAAGUCUCAUGCCCUGAUUGUGGACAAAUCUUCAAAUCCAAAAUAUCUCGUGCCAAUCACCAGAGGAUACAUACUACAAUGAAGGCCUACACAUGCCCUCACUGUGAAGAAAGGUUUUCAUCCAAAAAAGUCCUUGAGUGCCACCAGAAGUGUCACAGAGCAGAAGUGGGCCACAGACCUUCCUACAGCCUUGUGAAGCAUCAAAACAUGAGGCUCUAUGAAUGUUUGGCCUGCAAGAAAUCUUUUGAGCUCAAAGAGCAAUUCCUCCUGCAUCAAAAGAGCCACACAAUUCAGCAGUCUCACGAGUGCCCUGAAUGUGGCGAAACCUUUGUUUGUAAGGAACUUCUUGACAAACAUCAAAAUUGCCACACAACAUCCAAAAACAACAGAAAGAAGGAUAAGAAGGAAGGAAAGAUAGAAAGUGCGCCUGAAACUACAAAAAAGAAAGAAAGUACAGCCCCUGUCUCUGGGGGCCCUAGAUCACUGAACAUUGGCCUCACUAGACAGCAGCAAGACCAAGUCAACCUCCAUAAAUGUCAGUUUUGUGGGAAAUGCCUAAGGUUCAAAAGUUUGCUUGUGGACCACGAGAGAAUGCACAAGGAAGCAAAGCCAUAUCAAUGUUCCCAGUGUAGUAAAAGCUUCCUCCAUAAGCCCAUUUUGAUGUCACACAUGAUGACCCAUAUGAAACAGGCGUCCAGGAAACAUCCAAAGAAAGUUAAAAGCUUGGCUGUGAAAAGUGCCUUGGUUGAUUCGGAGAACUCUCACAAAAGAGGAAAUACCUCUAAAUGCCCAGUUUCCAGAAAAAUCAUCACUCGUAGCUCUUACCGCGUUUGGGGCCCAAGAAAACAGGCACAGAAAAGACCCUAUCAGUGUCAAUAUUGUGGGAAAUGUUUAAGCACGCGUGUCACGCUUGCUGAUCAUGAGAAACUCCACAUGGGUGAGAGACCUUAUAAAUGCCACAAAUGUACAGAAAGUUUCAUUCGAAAACACCACCUUUUCCGACACCUAGAGAAUCACCAAAGAGAACUCUCCAAUGGUGAUGUCAAAAGUUUGAGGAUCCAAAGUCACCACGCUUUACCAGAAGGAAUCCACCAUGGACAGGAGACUCCUGAAGGUCUUCUCCCUGCAAGUGAUGUCACUCGCCACUCGGGCCUUGCCAAGCACCCCAAAAUCCCCACUCAGGAGAAUUACAUAUGUCAGCAUUGCGGGAAACGCACGAGAACCAAAAGCUCCUUUGUCAAUCAUGGGAAAAUCCAUAGGGGAAAGCAACAGCCGUAUCCCCACUUGGAACGUGGGGAAAAUACCUCCCAAGAAAAACCUCUGGCUUCCCACCAAGAAACCCACGUGAGGGGAAAACUCUCUCUGUCCUCAGACUCCAAGGACAAAAUGUGCCCAAAAGAUCCCCCCUUCCCCCUCAGGGUUCCCCACAGAAAAAACCAGCCCCAACUCUGUCAAAAAUGUGGAAAAACCUUUGAUAGUAACUACUCCUUCAUCAGGCAUCAACUGACCCACUCUGGGCAAAAGCCUUUCAGAUGUGCCGCCUGUGGAAAAGACUUCAUCCAGAUGUGGCAUCUGAAGAGACAUGAGAAGACGCACCUGACAAGAAAAUUCCCCCAACAGCCCGUUGUAAGGAAGGUCAACCAUGAAAAUAGCCAGCCGGACCGAAAGCUCUUCAAAUGCUCUCUGUGUGGGAAAGGCUUCUUUCAACCAAAGCACCUGAAAACACACAAGAGGAUUCACCUGAAUGAAGAAUGCCGUAAACUAUCUUCAAUCAUGGAGAUAACACGGGCAUUUUCUAAUUUCCCGAGUGGCACAGCUUCUAAGGAGAAAAGUCAGGGAGGUCCUCUUGGAAAAGCGUUGCUGCAGCUACCAGGUGAGGUUGUCGGCUCGCCACAUGCCCAGGAAUUAAAGAGAGUCCUCCUGGUGGCAUUAGAAGAAAGAUUAGACACAGGAGCUUCAGAAAAGCAUAUUACUACGCCAGUGCAAUUAUCUAGAAAAUUCCAAGAAAAUAUUUUGUUGGGCUAUGGGAAAAUCAGUCAGGCAGCGAAAUCAGAGAGGAAACCAAGACAAAAGGACAUAUUCUCUACUCAUCAGCCCAGGACCUGCUCCAAAAACGCCCAUUCCCCAAAUCAUAAGAAGGAGAAAAACCACGACGGCUGGCAAUUGAGACCUCGGGCGUCCUCCAUGAGAAAAUCUAAGAGAGAAAUACAGCUUGUGGGGAAAAGGUCCAAACGUUGCUUUUGCCAACGAGAAGAACGAGAAAUGGUCCGCCCAAAUGCAUCCAAACCCCCCAGGAAAGUAAACUGUUGCGAUGGUCCUCAAAGGGUUUCCUUCAGUUUGUUUCAAGGGGCAUCCAAGAACCAGAAGCCAAAGGAUCUUUGCUUCAAACUGCCCUGCCAGAAAACGUUCUCCAGAGAAGCCCAAAUGAAAGUUGCCAAAAGUGUUGCGCAAAGGGACACAGUCUCUGUGGCUCAGGAAAGGAAAUCGCUUGAGGCCAAUUCUGGCUGUCGGAGUUGUGAGAAAGACAAAUGCAAGCCCUCCAACGUCAGGGAUCCGGCAGAGACCCAGCCUGUGCCACCGUUGUCCAAAAGCAAGACCCCGCAGGACCAUGAACGAUUCUGCCCUCUAAAUGCGUACUCAAAUGCUACCGCCCAGAACUUGGGGACAGCAUCUUUGGCUCAGCAGCUGGGAGAGAUCCAGAAUCCACGAAGGAUACAGAAGAGAGUAAAGGGUAGACGCAGCGUUGAACUGCAAAAAAAGAUAUCGAGGAAGCUCCAAAGCUCGCCUUCUGAGGGAAAAGCCGCCUGUGAUCAGCACGUCUGCAGCCAGUGCAAGAAAUCCUUCCGUAGUCGGACCAAUCUCUUGAUUCAUCAGAAGAAUCACACUGAGAACAGACCGUUCCCAUGCAUCCAGUGUAAGAAAAGUUUCUUUUCUGUGACGGCCCUUAAGGUCCACAUGCGGAUCCACACAGGAGAGAAGCCUUUCAAGUGCUCCGAAUGCGACUUUUGCUGCAACUUUUUGUGUAAUCUCAACAAGCACAAGGCCAGUCACAGCCAGGAAAGCCUCCACCCUUGCAUACAUUGUGGGAAAAGCUUCUGUCUGAAUCCUAAACUUGUGACUCAUUUAAAGUUUAGUGGCAAGAAGAAGGCUUAUGCCUGCCCUAGUUGUGAACAAGCAGCUGUGCACAAGAACCUUCUAAAGCGGAAGAGGAAGAAGUUCUGAUGUGAUUUAGAAGCUG